AUGAAACUUUUAAUCCUUACCGUUGCCUUCGUUGGCGUGGCCUUCGCUAGCCCCUUAAGCCGUACUAUCUCAAUUGGACCUGCUAUCAUCGAUCAAGAUAACUCAGUCUCAGUCGGACCAGCAAUCGUCGAUGAAGAUAUCCCCAUCUCUGUAGGCCCCGCGAUUGUCGAUGAAGAUAGCCCCAUCUCUGUAGGCCCCGCAAUCGUCGAUGAAAAGAGCCCAAUUUCAGUUGGCCCUGCGUUUGUCAUGCCGCCUUUUUGGGUUGGACCGGCCAUUUUCUCGCCACCAAACUCAGUUGGACCCGCCAUCAUCGAUCAAGAUAGUCCUAUUUCUGUGGGUCCAGCGAUCAUCGAUGAAUCAAGCCCCGAAUUAAGUGCCAUAGAUGGGCGUCCUAUUGUCCAAUUCAAAAUAGAAAUCAAUGAUGUAAUCGUAAAUCAAAACAUUCGCCAAACAGCAAAUAUCGGUAAUGAGAUCACUGUGAAUGGCGCUAACAGCCUUGAAAGUCCUGAAAGUUCUGAAACACCCGAAACACCCGAAAACCCCGAAAUGCUGGGUUAA